AUGGACACUUCCGACAAGCAACAGAUGCCUGGGGCGUCGGUUCACUCCACCACCGUCGAGGAUGUGACUAAACAUGACGCGCACGAGGCGGCCGAGCGUGGACAUGUGGCGACAGACGACUGGGGAAAUCCACUUGUCGAGUUCGACGCGGCGACAGAGAAGCGUCUCCGCCGCAAGAUCGACAUGUUUGUCAUGCCCACUGUGUGCCUACUAUAUCUAUUUUGCUUCAUUGAUCGUGCCAACAUCGGAAAUGCCAAAAUUGUGGGAUUUGAAAAGGAUCUCGGUCUGCAUGGCUACGACUACAAUCGUGUCUUGACCCUUUUCUAUAUCUCAUACAUUGUCUUCGAGAUUCCCUGCAAUCUCGUGUGCAAGUGGAUCGGGCCGGGCUGGUUCCUUCCUGCAUCGACGACGGGAUUCGGUGUCUUGACACUGGCCAUGGCCUUUAUCAACGACAUCUCCGCGGCGUACGCCGUUCGAUUCCUCCUGGGGAUCUUCGAGGCUGGAAUGUUGCCGGGCAUCGCCUACUACCUGUCUCGAUGGUAUCGUCGCGAUGAGCUGACCUUCCGCUUGUCGCUCUACAUGGUCAUGACCCCGCUGGCCGGCGCUUUCGGAGGCUUACUGGCCUCGGCAAUUUUGACACUGGAUCACUUUGGAAGUCUCCAUCGCUGGCGGAUGAUUUUCGGAAUUGAAGGCAUUAUUACCCUAUGCCUAGGCUUAAUUGCCUUCCUGACAGUCACGGAUCGCCCCGCCACCGCUCGUUGGUUGACUCAAGACGAAAGGGACUUGGCCAUUGCUCGCAUCAAGUCCGAACGCAUGGCCAGCACAGAAGUCCUCGACCGUUUUGACCGCGCCAAAAUAUACAAAGGCAUCUAUUCACCAGUCACUCUUACCGUCGGCAUGGUGUUUUUGCUCGCUGGCGUCAGCAGUCAAGGACUGGCUGUCUUCCUCCCGACCAUUGUGAAGACUAUCUAUCCCAAGAACAGCGUCGUGAGCCAGCAACUCCAUACGGUGCCGCCGUACGUUGUAGGUGCCUUUACCGCCAUGUUCAUCCCAUACCUCAGCUAUAAGCUCAACACUCGGCAAAUUUUCUUUAUCAUCAGCGCUCCCCCCAUGAUGAUCGGCUACGCCAUGUUCGUGGGCACUCAAGUUACUGAUCCUUAUGCUCGCUACGGUGCCACGUUCCUGAUUACAGCAGGAAUUUUUGUUUAUGGCACUAUGGUCAAUGCGCAAGUGUCUGCCAACGUCAUCUCCGAUACUGCUCGCGCGGCGGCCAUCGGUGCCAACACCAUGCUCGGCAACAUCGGCGGCCUGAUCUCCAUGUGGUCAUAUUUACCCUUUGAUACGCCAGACUUCCGUAUCGGAAAUGGCCUCAAUUUGGCAACAACCAGCUUGAUAUUUCUGCUGUCGGUCGGCCUCUUGCUGUGGAUGCGUGCUGACAACAAGAAACGAGAGAAACGGGAUGCACAAAGCCUCUUGGCCGGCAUGAGCCUGCUCGAAAUUCAAGACCUCGAAUGGAAGCAUCCUUAUUUCAAGUGGAGACCCUAG